ACUUGACUCCGACUCCAGGCAGUAGGUGGCGGUAGAGCACCCACACGUCACCCCACAACGUCGGCUAAAACCAAAGAAGAAGAAGCGCAGUCGUAGUUGACCAAAGUGUGGAGAAGUCGCACGGACUCUUGCAUUCACAGAGUGAAGAUGCAGACACCAGCCGAGUCCAUCAUCCACAGCGGCUAUUUCCACCCAACGCUCCGAUACUGGCAGACCUGCGUUGCCGAUCUAAGACCUGACAAUCUCAUCUACCCCAUCUUCAUCACAGACGCAGCAGAUGCAGUGGAGCCCAUUGGCAGCCUGCCGGGACAGGCCAGAUACGGCGUGAACAAGCUGGAGGGCAUGUUGCGGCCGCUUGUGGACAACGGCUUGAAAUGUGUGCUGAUUUUUGGUGUCCCUGCAAAAAUAGAAAAGGACGACCGGGGUUCAGGAGCCGACACAGAAGACACGCCGGCUGUCCUGGCCGUGAAGAAGAUCAGAUCCUUGUUCCCCGAGCUGCUGGUGGCGUGCGACGUCUGCUUGUGUCCCUACACAUCACACGGACACUGCGGGAUCCUGAACGAUGACGGUACUCUGAACAAUGACGCCAGCUGCUUGCGCUUAGCAGAAGUGGCGCUGGCCUACGCCCGAGCUGGCUGUCACAUCAUUGCUCCCUCUGACAUGAUGGAUGGAAGAGUCCGAGCCAUCAAACAUGCCCUGAUAUCUAAUGGUUUGGGAAACAAGGCUUCAGUGCUGAGCUACAGUGCAAAGUUUGCAUCUUGUUAUUAUGGUCCUUUCAGAGAUGCUGCCCAGUCCAAACCUGCGUUCGGGGACAGGCGCUGCUACCAGCUGCCUCCUGGAGCCAGAGGACUCGCCAUCCGAGCUGUGGAGCGAGAUGUGAGAGAAGGAGCUGAUAUGCUGAUGGUGAAGCCGGGUCUGCCGUAUCUGGACAUCGUGAGAGAAGUCAAAGACAAGUUCCCCAACCACCCCCUGGCGGUGUACAACGUGUCCGGGGAGUUUGCCAUGAUGUGGCAUGGUGCCCAGGCCGGAGCAUUCGACCUGCGGGCUGCUGUGAUGGAGGCCAUGACCGCCUUCCGCAGGGCAGGUGCUGACAUCAUCAUCACUUACUACACACCUCAGCUGCUCAGCUGGCUGAAGGAGUAAAGAACAG